AUGGAGUGCCGGCUCAAACUGAGAAAAGAUGAUGAGGCAAAGGCUGUUGAUCCCUCUCCGUAUCGCAGUAUAAUCGAGAGUUUGAGGUACUUGGUACAUACCAGGCCGGACAUUGCACAUUUUGUGGGGAUUCUGCCCAAGCUCUCCCUGACCAACCAUGCCACGCACCUCCAUAGGCUCAACAAGGAUGACUACACCGGCGGCGAGCGAAGGCUGGUGGGCGUGGACAUGUUCGUGAGCGCGGCGGACACAGCCAGGGAGCCGCCCCUGGCGACAGCCAACACGGUGCUGUCCGUGCUCGCGGCGGACUACCCCGCGGGUAUGCUCGCCUGCUGCGUCUCUAACGAUGGCGCCGGCAUGUUGCUCUUCAAGGCGCUCUUCGAGACGGCGCGGCUCGCGAGGAGGUGGGUCCCAUUCUCCCGCCGCCAUAUCAUCGAGCCGAGGGCACCCGAGCCCUACUUCGCGCGGAACGUGGGCUACCUCAGGGACAAGGUCGCGCUGUCGUUCGUCAAGGAGCGCCACACCAUGAAGAGGGAGUACGAGGAGUUCACGGUGAGGAUGAACUACCUCGCUGCCAAGACGCGCAAGGUGCCAGAGGAGGGAUGGCUACACUGCAUCACGCGCAGCCACGAGUGCGACGUCAGGCUCGUCGUGCCCAUGGGGGAACAAGUGAGGCCAUCGGAUUAG